AUGUCCCGCGACGAGGAGCGCUGGCUCGCGCUCGAGCGCGACUACCGGCGGCAGGUGCGCAAGGCGUACUAUCGUCGCGAGGAGGACUUUGCGACGCUCGUCCAGUACAACGACUACCUCGAGGAGGUCGAGGAGAUUGUGGCCGGGCUGAACCGACCCUCCUGUGCCCCCCUGCACAACUGA